UCACACCUACAAAGUGUCAAUUUAAACGUUAUAAUAAAUUAUCUAUAUGGUAUUUUGAGCUCAAACUUCAGAUGUGUACCCUGGAGACACCAAAGAUUUAUUUUACAUCUUAAAAAAAGUAUUGUGACAUGGCGCCUUUAACCUGUGAUUAAUUAUUUUAAUCCAUUAUUGGGUCAAAUAUAAACACUUUCUGGAUUAAUUUAACCCAACGCUGGAAAUACCCAGCAUUUUUUAAGAGUUUAUGACCUAAAGUAGUAAUCUCUUAUCAUUCCCUAGUUUUCCAUUAGGAACAGAGGAAAAAUGGCAAUGUAGAUAUGCUUAAUGUAGCUGUCAUACCAGCCUCAGUAAAGAAAAACACAGCUGGUCCAACUCUGACGGUAUAAACGUCCCUGUAGAGGGUCAGUUUGGUUUGUAUAAUACACUGGCUUCAUCUCUGUCAGUAUGGCCAGUUCCAGCUCAGCCCAAAACAUCUACAAAUGGGUUACGGCUUUCCUUAUGCUGUGGUCCAUGGCGUCUCUGAUAGUCAUUGUGGUCUGGGUUACAUGGAGCCCUAAAGCAAGCAUUGAACAGUGCAGAGCAGAACAGCAGACUUUAAUUAAAAAAAUGGAAGAAGCUAAAGUUGUGAAAGAAAACGAGGAGAACGACUUUAAAUCUACACUGAGACUGAGCUCUGAGAACCAGACUGAACUUCAAGAGGAGCUGGAAACUAUUCACGAGGACCAGAGAGAAACAAAUGCAUCUCUAGCUGAGAGUUUGAAUUUACGGAUGACCCUACAGCAAAAUUUAACAGCUUUGGAAAACAUAAGAAUUCUGCACCUGAAAGAGUUUGAAGGGCUUUCUUUUAAGCUGGCUCAACAGCAGGCUGUUAUUGAGACACUGUGGAUGAAUGUGAGCAGUGAAGCGCAUCAAUUAGAUGCAUGCGCAGCUCUGCGUGAUGCCGCAAACAGCCAGCAGAUGGCAGCAGAGAGUCAGAGGAAAGCCUGUCAAACACAAACAACUUAUCUAGCCAAACAACUAGAGAACUGCAGGAAUAAGGAUGUCCAGAAACGAAUGGGACAGAAUAGUUUCUUGUCUUCAACAUCAAAGCCAUUUUACCUAGAUUAAUUAUUAAAUCUUAAUUUUAGUGCGACCUUCAUACUAAAGCUGUAAAGUGAAAUAAAGUUUAACUGAUGAUAUAUUUUGUGUGAAUAUCUAUUAUCUCAAGUCACAUUUUAAAACAACCAUAAAUAAAAAACAAGCUUUAGUGGUAUACUCUUACACAAUGUGUCCAAAGCUAUGUACAGAUACAGGUGUGUGUAAAUAUACACAUUCUGUAAGUUUUGCUAUGUUUGUUUAGGUGCAAGGAGACAUGUGUGACACUAUAUAUAUGAAUAUGUAUUUACACUGGUUUAUAUACAAUCCAAAAUGAAUACUUAUGACUGCUGUACUGUGGGUAGGUGAAUAAAUGAAACAUGUUUAAAAUAAUACAAUCAUAUUUAUUUUAAUAUUCAUAUUUAAGUAUCGACAUAUUUUCAACUGAAGAUGGAAUUUGUUAUAAACACUGAAGGGAUAUAUGUUAAUAAUAAUAUUGCACAUCAUGAUAAAACACGAAAACUGAAGAAAGUUUUGGGGAGCGUGUUUGUGACGGGGAGGGAGGGUUGUGGCUAGAAAGGAUACAGCUAUUGCCAUAAUCUCGUAAAAUCUUGUCGGAUAAGCGCUGUUUUAUCCCCAG